GUAGGGUACCAUUGUCACGUGUCGAGUAAAUAGGUCCCAUGGCCCAUUAUUCAUUCACCUCUGAGUCUAGCUAUCACAACACAACACUCUCCCAAUAAAAUACACUCACUAUACCUUCUCUUUUCCAAAUCCCACCAAUAAAUAAAUAAAACAAAAACAACACUCUCUUCUCUAUUAUCCAUCCUCUUUGCAUCUCCAACUUUUCUCAAUAAGUUGAAUCAAACUAGAAAUGAUUAAUCAUCAAUUCAACUUAUAAAAAUCUCUAAUAAGAUGGAUCAACACCAUAACCAAAUGUUCCUUUUAGAUACCUUGUACUGUUCAGAACAACAUUGGGAGGAAGAACAAGAACAAGAACAAGAUGAUGAGUACGAUAAUGUUUCCUUAAACAACACAACAACAAUAAACUACUCAACUGCUUCUACGUUCUUAGAACAAGACAUGUUUUGGGACAACGAAGAACUUAAAUCACUUCUUUCAAAAGAACAACAAAACCCUCUUUACAUUUUUCUCCAAACAAACCCUGUUUUAGAAACUGUUCGUAGAGAAUCUAUUGAAUGGAUUCUGAAAGUGAAUGCUCAUUACUCAUUUUCACCUCUCACAACUCUUCUUGCUGUUAACUACUUUGAUAGAUUUCUCUUCAGCUUUCGUUUUCAGAAUGAGAAACCAUGGAUGACUCAACUUGCUGCUGUUGCUUGUCUUUCUCUUGCUGCUAAAAUGGAAGAAACCCAUGUUCCUCUUUUACUAGAUCUUCAAGUUGAAGAAAGUAGAUACUUGUUUGAAGCUAAAACGAUUAAAAAGAUGGAGAUUUUGGUACUUUCAACACUUGGGUGGAAGAUGAAUCCAGCAACACCACUUUCAUUCAUUGAUUAUAUUAUAAGAAGACUUGGAUUGAAAGAUCGUCUUUGUUGGGAGUUUCUUAAGAGAUGUGAAGGUGUUCUUCUUUCUGUCAUUAGAUCAGAUUCUAAGUUUAUGAGUUACCUACCUUCUGUUUUGGCAACUGCUACAAUGAUUCAUGUUUUCAACAGUGUGGAGCCUAGUUUAGGUGAUGAAUACCAAAAUCAGCUUCUUGGUAUUCUUGGAAUCAAUAAAGACAUGGUGGAUGAAUGUUGCAAGCUGAUUUUGAAACUAUGGUCAGGAUAUGAGGAGGGGAAUGAAUGCAACAAACGUAAGUUUGUGUCAAUAAUACCAAGUAGUCCAAAUGGAGUAAUGGAUGUGUCUUUUAGUUGUGAAAAUUCCAAUGAUUCAUGGGCUAUAGCAACAACAGCAGCAACUUCAGUUUCAUCUUCACCAGAGCCUUUAUCUAAGAAGAUUAGGACUCAAGAACAGCUUCUAUUAAACUCUUCAAAAUCUGAUUUUCUAAGCAUUCCUCAUUAAUUAGCUACUUAAUUAAUUUCAACUCCCUUUCAUUAUUAUGCAAAAAAGAAAAAGAAAAGAAAAAUAGUCUUUUUAUGAACAAGUAUGUGUUUUUCUUUUUGACUUGCUGACUAUCUCUCUUGCUUGCCUAUAUUGACUCACCAGUCAUCAAUCAUGAAAGACUAGCCAUGAACAUGAGAUGAGAUGAGAUGGGACUAUAGGAUUAUAGAGAGAGAGAUUGUUGGCAUUUUAUGAGGAAAUAAUUAAUAUCAUAAUAAAUAAUAAAUAUAUAAAAAAUGACCAUAUCAAUGAGUGUAUUUAUUUAUUAUCUUGUAGUUGUACAAGUUGUACUUCAUCCAAAUAAAUCCACUUCCACUUUAUAUAUACUUCUAAUCUAUGCAUUCUCAAUAUCAAAUAAGUAAAUUUUUUUCC